CGAUAACAGCUACCGAAGCGCGAGUUACUGCCAGCUGACGGCCAUGUGGGGAGUGGGGGAGAACGACCGAUAAUCGCCGACGGAGUGCCAGCCGCCUGCGCAGCGCAGUUCGCCUUCCUCACCCACCGCGGCAGGGCGCUACGCAGCUGUCGCGCUACAUUCUUUGUUUACAUCGGACGCGUUUCUUUGUUCAAAUUAGCGCGCGAUGGAUAAAGUGCGUUUUGUUGUGUUAUAGUUAUUUUUGUUUGUGUGAGUGAAAGUUUACGAACAUGGCCAGUGAACAUUCUGAGUCCCAGGAGACCAGCUCCACGUCUCUAUUGGAAGACUCGCUGACCAUAUCGUUCGAAGACAUCAGCUACGUCGUCCGACAUGGCAUCUUGGCGGGAGGACGCAAGACGAUCCUCGACGAAGUAUGCGGCACCUUCAACGCUGGCGAGCUGACGGUCAUAAUGGGACAGUCCGGAGCCGGCAAGAGCACUCUCAUGGACAUUCUAGCGGGAUAUACAAAGCCAACAAGUGGGAAUAUCUUCAUCAAUGGUCGACUGCGCAAUGAAAAAAACUUUAGACGGAGAUCGUGUUACAUUCUACAAGACGACAGAGUACAGGAUAUGCUCACUAUCAAGGAAUCACUACACAUAGCAGCAGAACUCAAAUUAGGAAAUCAUAUUAGCAAACAACAGAAAAAACAACGAAUACAUGAAAUAAUCACAUCACUUGGUUUAAGUAAUUCCAAACACACAAGAGCUGGACUUUUGUCUGGUGGACAGAAGAAAAGGCUGGCAAUAGGUUUGGAAUUAAUCAGUGACCCACCGGUUAUGUUCCUAGACGAACCAACAAGUGGGCUGGAUAGUUCAAUAUCGAAGCAAAUAGUAUAUUUACUUCACCUUUUAGCGCGGCAAGGGCGGACGGUGGUGGUGACCAUGCACCAGCCGUCCGCCGCUCUCUUGAGCAUGGUGGACCGGCUGUACGCCGUGGUGGCAGGCCGCUGUGCCUACGUCGGCUCCGUACCCCAGCUCCUGCCUUAUCUAGAGCAUAUGAACUUAAUGUGCCCACCCUAUCAUAACCCUGUGGACUUUUUAAUCGAAAUAUGUGUAGAGAAUGCGAGUGAUUUAGUAGAAAGUUCUGGAAAUGGGAGGAACAAUAGAUGGACUGCAAACAGCAUAUCUCAUGAGACUGAUAGUAAUUUAAUAGAAAUAUCUAGUCUAAGUGCCUGUAAAGAGGUUUGCCUGACGACGCUGCCGGCUCCUAAAGAAGAUCCAACGAGUAAAAUACUAUUAGCACUGAAGAGCACAUACAACACGUCGUUUAUCAAACAAUUUGCCACACUCACUCGGAGGUCACUUUUGACGAUAUGGAGGGACCCUUCGUUCACCCUAAUGACGACGGGCAUACACUGCGCGAUGGCACUCUUCAUAGGGUUCCUAUUCUACAACAUCGGACACGACGCCAAACACGUGCGGGACAACUACAACUUCCUGUACUUCAGCCUCAUGUUUCUCAUGUUCACCGCUUUCAGUGGUGUCACUAUUAGCUUUCCCGAACAAAUCCCAGUGAUUCGGCGGGAGCAUUUCAACAGGUGGUACACGACGGGUGCCUACUACACUUCGACUAUAGCAUCGACGUUGCCAACGCAGACAGUGUGCACAUUGUCUUACGCGUUCAUUGUGUACUGGCUCACCGGACAACCCACGGAACUACCACGGUUCGCUGGCUUCUGCUUAAUAUUGCUCUUAGUCUCCUACGUCGGGCUCUGUAAAGGACUGCUCAUCGGAUCCUUGUUUAAUGUAAAGAAUGGAGUGGUAUUCGGGCCUUUCUUUAUAAUGCCGUUCACCGUGUUUUCCGGGUUCUUCCUCCGAUAUUACGAUGCGCCGUUCUUCGUGCGUUGGCUGUUCCAGGCAUCUUUCCUCAAACAUGGUCUUGUAGGCCUCGUACUAUCCAUCUACGGUAUGGACAGACCUAAACUUGUGUGUUCAGAAUUGUACUGCCAUUACGCAUACCCCAAUCUAUUCCUUCAAGACAACUAUAUUGUUGGUGAAAAGUUCUCAAUGCUUAUACUUGCAUUGUUCUCUAUUGGGAUUAUUGUAUCUGUAUUAGCUUUUAUUAUUUUAAAAAUAAGAUUAAAGAGCAAAUGGUAAGAUUUAGGGGUUGAAAAUGUAUUGCGUUAAUGAAAGUGAGACGGGAUGUAAAAAUCUCGUUAUCUUAAUACAUAAGUAUGACAACGUAACUAGUCUGUUUGAAAAGCGAGCCAUAGAAUGCGCAGGGUGCGUGUGUGUAGUGCCAGCAUUAUUAAUUAUGAUAUUUUUAAUAAAACUACAUCGAAAUAAAUUAUCAAGCAACAUAUAUGCCAGCUUCAGUUCAAUUAUACCUAGGCAUAUUUUGUCACACAAAUAUUGUAACAAACUCGAGCAAAAUACUAACUUUAAAUUAUGUGUGACAAAAUUCAUUUUGGAUACAAAAUAAGUGGCAAUUUAAAAUAUGCUAGACAUUCCAAUGUAAGUGUAAAUAUUGUAUAUUUUAAGGGUCAGCAGUAACCAUUACCAUAGAUUAUAAUAUUAUUACAAGCUCAAAGUGUUUACAUUAUAAUUUAAAACAUGUGUACAAGUAUGUAAGUCAGUACCAAUUGUAAAAAAAUACAUCAAUAUGUACUAUUAUAAUUGUUAUAAUAAAAAAAUAUUUCAAUAAAUACUUGUAAUUAAUUCAUAAAUUAGAAUAAAAAAGUUAUAUAACAAUAAAAAUGUAUAAAGUAGAUCAGAGAGUUGCAGUAAACGCAUGAAUUCCUUAGUAUCAGGGGGCGGGUUGAUCAGAGCUUCCCGAAAUAUAAAAACACGUUGUUUGUAAUUCAAUUAAUCGUUAUUAUAAUAAAACUACCCUGAUUACUAAUGAAGUCACGUGCGUACCGUAAAGUUUGUUUAUUUAAUACCAAAGAUUACAAAUAUCAUUAUAGACACGCCGGUUCUAAAUACACAAAUUAUUGACAUAUCUGAGAAAUAGACAGAUG